AUUCCAAACUUAUGGUCACACUGAUCAAUACAUUAAACCUAUCACCAAGAAAUUAGUAAACAAACCGCAAGCAUGAAUCCGUUAACAAAUAUGCGAAAUGUGUUAAAACUUAGCGAACAUGAGCUACAAAAUCCAAAUGGCAAGAGCUGGCACGACAUGUACCGCGGCUCAGCGUGGAUAUUUAUUGCCGGCUUCCCUUACACUCUCUCCGAGGGCGACAUCAUCUGCGUCUUCUCGCAGUACGGCGAAAUUGUCAACAUUAAUUUGGUGCGCGACAGCAAAACGGGAAAAUCAAAAGGAUUCGUUUUUUUGUGCUACGAGGACCAACGGUCAACAGUGCUGGCCGUGGAUAACUUGAAUGGGAUUAAAAUAUUGGAUAGAUCAUUGCGUGUUGACCAUGUGGCGGAUUACAAGCCGCCUAAGGACAACGAGAAAUUAGACGAAGAGACGUUGCGACUCUACAUGGAAGGAUGUGCUCCAAAGCCCAUUAAUCAGAGUUCUAGCACUGUUGAUGUUAACAUUAAGAAGGAAAAGAAGGAUAAGCAUAAGAGAUCCAAGGAAAAAAAAUCAAAGAAACGACGUGAGAGUUCAGAUUAGUAAAUUAUAAAUAAUGUUUAAUACAUAAGUGAAAUAAAAAAAGUAGAUUCGCAAAGAUUUCACUGGA